AUGGAUCACGCUUCAACACCUACUAGCAAGCUGGGCACUCCACGGCAAGACUCGACUAAACCACCUGGCUCUAUACCUUCGAAGCAGAUUAGCGAUGACGACCUCUACCGAGCAUCUACACAAUAUAGGCUGUGGUCAUUCCGGCCCGAGCAGUUAAGGCAGAUACGGGAAGAACUGAACCUGCGGGUGGCCAAGGUAGUAGAGCAGAGAGUGGAUCAGUACAAGGCCUCGCACCCAGAGCUACUGGAGGAGGAACGGACCGCGCUGGAGCAGAUGGCGGUGCCACUGACAGCGGACGAAGAGCUGAAACUCGUAAACUUCUAUGCCAAGAAGGUGCGACAUUUUGGGAACUCAUUGGAACUCCCUACAGAAGUCACAGCCACUGCAAUAUCGUUUUUCCGGAAGUUCUUUCUCACCAACUCUGUAAUGGAGCUGCACCCGAAGAAUAUCUUAUGGACGACUAUAUUCCUUGCAUGCAAAUCUGAAAAUUACUUCCUGGGCAUCGACUCCUUCUCGAAAGCCACUACACGUAAGGAGCUCAUUCUAAAGUACGAGUAUACUCUGCUGGAGUCUCUGAAGUUUACUCUAAUGAACCAUCAUCCGUAUAAGGCUUUGCACGGUUUCUUUUUGGAUAUACAGUCGGUUCUGAAGGGCAAGGUCGACCUGGAUUACAUGGGGCUUAUAUACACCAGUGCUAAAAAGAAGAUCACAGAUGCGCUUCUGACAGAUGCAGUUUACAUGUAUACCCCUCCCCAGAUUACCUUGGCAGUCUUGGCCAUUGAGGAUGAAGCGCUAAUUACGAGAUAUCUGGAACUAAAGUUUCCUGAACAGGCUAACGCAGAACAGGAACAGACGCAAACAGACAGUACAAAUGCGCCUGACCCCUCUCCUACCAAGAAUGUCCAGGAUAAAGGCGAGACAUCUGGGACACAGAAGAAACCCGUCCCUGAAAAUGCCAAACAAGAGACUGACAAGGAAGCUAUGCAGUUUUCGCUUGAAAGACUGAAAAAGCUAAUAGAAGAUUGCCAAACAAUCAUUUCACGGAAGGAGCCAGUGACAAGAGAUGAGGUUACGAAGAUCGAUGAGAAGCUGCAUUAUUGCUUAAAUCCUGCGCUAGUUUUGCAGCGUUUAAAGAAAAAGCAGUCUUCCGUCAGCGUGAGUCCGCCCGAGGCGAAAAGACAAAAGCUCAAUGAGACAUAA